AUGCAUUACAUUCGAUUUUGCCGCCCACCCGAGGUUACCACGAGUCGAUCUCACCAAGCCACGGUCAAGGUUGUGCUGACCAUCACCACCGACCUUAGUGACGCCUUUCUGUCCCCGCCCAACCCUAUCCAACUAGCCAUAAUCGGCGCAUAUACCGAGCGUAAGGACGACGGGUCAACCCAAGUCGUCCCCGUCCAUCUCACGCAGGGCCAGGGAAGCGGCCCACCACCGACAUGGCGGGCCGGGAUGAGAGUAUUGAAGCUGGACCUGCCUCUGCCGGCACAGUUGAAGCAGCCGAUUGAGACAAUUCAAAUCCGCCCAUUAAGUCGGCAGCUAACGGCCAUGGCCACGAGCGACGUGCUGCCCGGCAAGCAAGGGUUAAUCAUGGCGGUCUAUGCCGAUAUGCCACGGCCCGAUAGUGGCCGUGCGCUAAAUGUGUGUUUUCGGAGCCUGCGCCUGACUGUUGGGGAUGUGCCUGUCGGUCAGCCCUUUCAGAUAGAAGAGGACCUUGGCGAAAGCAUCGCGCGUCACGUCUGGGACUCGGGUGUUGUCAUGGUUUCUCUGCUGUCCGAUAUCUGCCUAGGCCCCGAGGAUGGGGCCGAAGGGGUUCCCCCGCUGCAGUCGUUUCGCAGUCUCCUUCAGAGUGCCGACCGGCCCCUCGACAUCUUGGAACUCGGCUGUGGCGUUGGGGUCAUGGGGAUUGGAUUAGCCCGCGUUAUGACGUUGAGGAACAAGGGCUACCCGCCGAAUAUCCUCCUGACGGACCUCCCCGAGGCGGCGGAAAAGGCACGAGCGAAUAUCGGCCGGCAAGAAGCCGUUCUCGGUACCGCUGCGGCCAGUAUCGAUUUUGAGCCGCUCGAUUGGGAGGAGGGGAGGGUCGGCAAGUUUGGUGAGAAGGCCACAUCUAGGACCUUUGAUCUUAUCACUUUGUGUGACUGCACCUAUAACACAGACACCCUGCCGCCUCUCGUGGCAACUCUCUCUACGCUUCAUAGUCGCUCGGUUGAACGGGCCUCACCCGCCUCGGGUCAGCACGGCCCUGACGUUCUGGUUGCGACAAAACAGCGACAUACUUCCGAGAGAGCGUUUUUCGACCUAAUGUCUAACGAUGGUUGGAUCAUUCGAGAGCGAACAACGCUACCCCUACCGAUGCUCGAUGGCCAGGGGCAAACUGUCGAAGUGUAUCUAUUUCGGAAAGAAAGAUGA